AUGCCACUAGCACGUAUUGGGAGCGAAAGUGCGCGCGACCCGCAAUUGCCAAAGCCAAGUCCGCCUCACCGCCCAAGCUGCCAGCCAAUCCGAGCCGAUGAGAGGCUUGUGCUGGUGCCCAAACCUGAACCACAUUUCUAUAGAAAGACACGACUCUCCCCAUCCAACGUUGGAAUUGAUAUAUAUCGACAGUGUCAAGCUGUCGAGUACAGUUCAAUCGAGGAAUCCGCUAUUAUGGCUUCCAAUGCGCAGAGCGUCAAUGGCUCCGAGAGCGAGUUCGAAUUCAUCGAGACCCCAAAGGCGCCCACACCAACAUUUGAGAAAUUCGAGGAAUGUGGUGUGAAGACUACUUCUUACCCUUCUAUUAAAAAUGCCCCUCUCCCAGCAGAUGCCGCUGGCAACACCAGCUUUUCGAACCUCCUCCUUUUUGGACUCGUCUUUGGUACUCCAACAUAUAUGUCUUGGAAGAUUGGCGGCGGGUUGAAGACCUCCAUAUUCUUCGGCCUCUUCACCACAGUCCCAAUCCUGAUCAGCUUCUGGUACCUGGCAUCAUCAUUCAGCCCUCGUAAGAAUGAGAAGGCCAGAUUCCCAGGUCGUCCAGUCGAGCACUAUCUUACCUUCAAGAACCCUGCCGACAAGGCCAAGUACCAUGGAAGCAACAAGAUCCCAAUGGAGACCUUCUAUUCUAUGUAUUUUGAUGGAGAAGUUGACUUCAAUGGAGAUUGUUUGGAGGUUAUGGAAUACAGACAUGACUGGGCUAGCUUCAGAUUUACUCUGGGUUUGUUCAAGCAUGUGUUUUUUGUUUUUGCGCCGGAAGUCAUCAUGCACACCAGAUCUCAAGAUGAGGAGCAAGUCCGAGACCACUACGACCGAGGUGAUGACUUUUACGGAUGGUUCCUUGGCCCACGUAUGGUCUACACAUCUGGUGUGAUCUCUGAUAUCAAUAAGGAGGAGUCUCUCGAGCAACUCCAGGAUAACAAGCUUGCUAUUGUCUGCGAGAAGAUUGAUCUCAAGGAGGGCGAGACACUUCUGGAUAUUGGCUGUGGAUGGGGAACUCUUGCCAAAUUCGCCAGUGUCAACUACGGCGCAAAGGCUACUGGAAUCACUCUCGGACGCAACCAAACUGCUUGGGGUAAUAACGGACUUCGCAAGGCUGGUAUCUCUGAAGAGCAGAGCAGGAUUCUUUGCAUGGAUUACCGUGACAUCCCAGUCCCAGAAGGCAAAUACCAGAAGAUCACCUGUCUCGAGAUGGCCGAGCACGUUGGGAUGAGACAUCUUACUCCCUUCCUCCAACAAUGUAAUGAUAUGAUGGAUGACGACGGAAUCUUCUUCCUCCAAGUCGCCGGAUUGAGAAAAAGCUGGCAGUACGAGGAUCUCGUCUGGGGUCUUUUCAUGAACAAGUAUAUCUUCCCUGGUGCUGAUGCUUCCUGCCCUCUCAACAACUACAUCAGCGCUGUCGAGAGUGCUGGAUGGGAAGUCAAGACUAUCGAUACCAUCGGAGUCCACUACUCUGCCACUCUCUGGAGAUGGUACAGAAACUGGCUCGCCAACCAGGAUAAGGUCAAGGCCAAGUAUGGUAACAGAUGGUACAGAAUUUGGGAGUUCUUCCUUGCGUACUCCGUCAUCACCUCCCGUCAAGGAGGAGCCACCUGCUACCAAAUGACCCUGGUCAAGAACAUCAACUCCACCCACCGCAUCGACGGCGUCAACACCCAGUUCUCCCUCUUUGGAGCUCUCAAUGCUGCAAAGGCGGCUGGCAAGGCUCUCUUCCCCAAAAAUGUCUCGGAGAAGACUGUUAGCUGA